GAGAAUGGAGUAAGAGAAAGAAAGGGGGAGAUAAAAAAUCUCCUUCGAUGAUGGAGCGUCGUCUCUUCUCUUCUCUGAUUCUUCUCCUUCUCUGCUCCGUUUCUCUCGUCUCGUCCUCAGAUGUUGAGGUGGACGGCGAGGAUCCUGUCAUCCGUCAGGUCGUCAACGGCGGCGAUGAGGGGGAGGACCUCCUCCUCAACGCUGAUGCCCACUUCACUAGCUUCGUGAAGAAGUACGGCAAGGCCUACUCCGAUUCCGAUGAGCACACCUACCGGUUCUCCGUCUUCAAGUCCAAUCUCCGACGGGCUCGCCGGCACCAGCUGCUGGAUCCCUCCGCCGUCCAUGGGAUCACGCAGUUCUCCGAUCUCACCCCCGCCGAGUUCCGUCAAAGGUAUCUCGGUCUCCGUUCCGCGUCGAUCUCCACUGAGGAUGCUCACGAGGCGCCGAUACUGCCCACCAACGAUCUGCCGUCCGAUUUUGAUUGGAGGGACCAUGGCGCUGUCACCCCCGUCAAGAAUCAGGGUUCUUGCGGUUCUUGCUGGUCUUUCAGUGCUACGGGAGCUUUGGAAGGAGCUAAUUUUCUUACCACUGGCAAACUUAUUAGCCUUAGUGAGCAGCAGCUCGUUGAUUGUGACCAUGAGUGCGAUACAUCUGACCAAAGUUCGUGUGACGCUGGGUGCAAUGGUGGACUUAUGACUAGCGCUUUCAAGUACACACUUAAAUCUGGAGGACUGGAGCGAGAGGAAGACUACCCUUACACUGGCAAGGACGGUGCAUGCAAAUUUGAUAAGUCUAAGAUUGCUGCAUCAGCUUUGAACUACACUGUUGUCUCCCUUGAUGAAGAUCAAAUUGCUGCAAACCUCGUGAAGCAUGGCCCUCUUGCAGUGGGCAUCAAUGCAGUUUUCAUGCAGACAUACAUUGGUGGAGUAUCAUGCCCAUACAUAUGCAGCAAGCGGUUGUUGGAUCAUGGGGUGCUGCUAGUUGGGUAUGGCGCGGCGGGUUUUGCUCCCAUCCGCUUCAAGGAAAAGCCGUACUGGAUCAUAAAGAACUCUUGGGGCGAAAACUGGGGAGAGAAUGGGUACUACAAGAUCUGCAGGGGUCACAAUAUCUGUGGGGUGGAUUCCAUGGUCUCUUCUGUUUCAGCAUUUAAAUCUUCUAAGGAGUAGUUUAUCUGACCUUAUGUAUUGUUACGUGUAUCUUUUAAAAUGCACCACUGUAAAUAGGGUUUGAUGUUUCUCAUUAGACUGCUCUGCUCAAAAGACAAAAAAUUCGCACUGCUGUCUUUUAUAUUAUAUAGCAAACUCGUGCUUUGUACUAAGCUCACCAUCUGUGGAAACUCUAUGGAGCAGAAAUCCACUUGUGAUGAUUAUGUUAGUAUAUUUAUUUCUGUUGCC